AAAACCCCCUGAGAAUGUAUUAAAAUAAGAAUUGAAAGGUGGUUUUCAUUUUCAAAUCCAAACUAGUCAAUUAAAAAGUCUCAAAGCGAAUGUUGGGCGUACUUGUUUUGCUUACCUUUGACCAGUGGAGGUCAGUCGGUACUGAUCGAGCACUUUUUUGAACACGUGCUUGAACUGAAAGAUCUCAUCAUAGUGGGUGAGUUGCACUGCCACUUUGGGGUGAAAGCGAAGUUGUGAGUAUGCAGUGUAUUUGCAGUUUACGUGACAGUGGUAAAAUACACGCAUCCUACAACUACAGCUUUCUGGCCCAAACUGGUGACUGUUAGGCGUCGGAUAAAAUCACCCAUACUCAUUAAGUUUAGACCAAAUACAUAAAUAACAACUCCGGACCUCGAGGACCCCUAUCCUGCAUGUCUUGGAUGUCUCCUUCCUUUAAUACACGUGAAUCAAAUGAUCAUGAUGAAUAAGGUGUCUUGGAGGAGGGAAACAUUUAAAACAUGCACGAGAGGGACCCCAAGGACUGGAGUUGGUGGAAAUGUGACCAAGAUAUGUCACUUCCAAACUUUUCCUUCAAUGAUUAUGACUUGUAACCUGCCCUGCUUUACCCAAUUGAUUCAAGAAAUAUAUUUUCUAAAUGAUAUUUAAAAAUAAACAGCUGAGCUAAUGUUGCACAAGUAUGCACACCCUGUGGCCCCGAUGACACCUCACGGUCUCCUCAGUCCUCUCAGUGUCCCUCUUCCUCUUAGCUAGCCUCUUGUAUGCUUUCCUGCUCUUUGUGGUUCAACCUUCCAUUACCCAGCCUCUUGCUCCCCAUCCUACCGGAAGACAUUGCAGGCACCGGCACUCCCCUUUCUGUCUAGGCUUACUUAUAGCCACCUGAUUUUCUGGACACACAAGAUAUCUACUUCUGUACCUGUCUCCGAAUAAUCAUGUCAACCAACUCCCUAAUUUUCCCUGUCAAAGUCCCAACAUUCAAAAUCUCCACAUUCAGGUCCAGGCCCUGUGCUUUCUGGUUCUCUUCCUGCCAGUGAACCCGCUUUCCACCUCUCCUUUGUCUACAACCCACAGUAGCUGAAUUUCCAUCGCGCCCUGAAGAAUAAUGGAUGGCAGCUGUUAACACCGGCGGUGACGAUCUCAAAUGGAAUUCUUAAGAUGAACAUUCAGAAUCAGCAACGUUUAAAGCCACAUGCAAUUCCUGACACAAAUUUGUGAUUAAAAAUAAAUCAUUGUCAAUUUAUAUUUAAGAAUAAUUUCCAAAACAUUUGGCGAUGGUUGGGGUGGCCUUUGAGGGGGAAGGUUGAGCUCCUGCUCGAAAAAAAUGUGCGCUGCAUGCACGCCUGCGAGUUUUGAUGUUCGUUGGUAACACAUGCAAUAUCACCAAACCAUUACAGGGUUGGAAAUGUGGGUUCGGGUUCCACCCAGACAUGUUCGAAAUAUGGAAUAAAUCAAUACUUUUCUCACUACUGAAUUAAACUUAUGUGCUUUUCUUUGACGCGCCCAAGGCUGCUCAUUAUCAACAUCAGGGAAAGUCAUUGUAGUGAUCCAAUUUAAAUGGGGCAGAUGGUGGCCAAUCUGGGGAAGGAGCACUUGCUGGCCUCAUUUGGCUUUAGCCCAGUUUAUGGCCCACUUCUCUUUCUCCUAACGCACAAUCGAUAAACUGGAUUCAAGUCUUUCAAAGUUUUGAUGAAAUUCCAGAGAACCUUAAAAGUGAAAUGCUCCUAAGCCUUGACAAAAAUGUGCCAAAAGUUGGACCUCGCAUUGUGACCGUGUUUGAUAUCACAGGCAACUUGUCACAAGAUUUGGGAUCAGUGAGCAGAAGGAUUAAGUCCACAGUGGAUUAUUAUUAUUGUGUGUGUGUGUGUGUGGUGUCAUAAAACACAAAGGAAGCAGUGAUGACAAUAUAUAUAUAUAUAUAUAUAUAUAUAUAUAUAUAUAAGAGCUGUCAGUUUAGCGCGUUUUUAUUAGCAUUAAUUUAGAUGAAUUUUAACGGGAUUCAAUUUUUUCUCGCGAGAUUAACGCGGCACAAGUCACAAGCGGAUGUUACAUUGCUCUAUAAAUACACCAGAAACAAAACAACAAGCACGCUGCAGAAGUCCACGCCCAUGUCUGUUUUGCCAGCCAUGGCAGCGCGAGACACCGAAAACGGAUACUUAAAGAGUUUAUGAAUGGAAAGAAAGCCAGAUUGCUCCACUGACAAGACCAAAGUUACCUGUUCUUCUCUCUGUGUGUAUCAUACAGGUAUACGAUCUAUGCCACUACCGCGAUUGUUACUUGUUUGAAACUAUUUUGUGUGGAAGGUUACAGCAUUCCGUGUCCAUAUAAAUAGAGCGGGUGGAGCUUUUCUGUGUUCGUCUGACAGUGACAGUGCGCUGCUGUUGUAGUGACCUAGUGAAAAUUAAACGUCUCCAGAGUUGUCAUCGAACCAAGUGUAGUCAUCCGAAAUGAGGUAGACACAAAAACCGUAGAGACUUCCGCGCAAGAAGGACCAACAUAAUCGACAUAGCCUGACUGUGUUAGGGGGGGUGAAACCCCCCUCUUUCAGAAUGGUUUGCCCCAGCAGCACGGGGGAAGUGCUUGCGCUUGUUUUCACGGCCGGCAGUUUUGAAUACAGCGGCACAUAACGAACACUGGUGUCCGGUGUCUCGUUAUUCAUCAACAAACAUACAGAAACAGACUGCUGUGUUCAAAACAAACUUGAGAAAAACGAAGUAUGCAAAUCCACUAUAGGCUGACUACUAGUGUACCUUAGAUGUGCACUUUAUAAUGUUAUAUUGAUCUGUUUUGAUUUCAUUAAAAAAGCUGUUAAAGCAGCUGUUGUGUGACAAAAUAUUUUUUUUCACUGUUGUUGAUGGACGGUAAUAUUGUGUGAGAGAUUAUGUGUGAACAACUGCUCCAAGUGAAAAAUGUUCAUGUAAAAUUGAAAAUUGAAAUUGUUAUUUCAGUAAAUAUUUGCAUUUGGCACAUAAAAAACUGAUUCAUGAUUCCAAGUUGAUGAGAGCAUUAAAAUGGGGAAAAAUAGGACAAAAAAUGUAAAAGGAAAUUCAGAAACGAUUAAAAAAUGUGUGAGUAAUCACGAUUAUUUUUUGGGGUCACUUGAGUUAAUUAUGACAGUUACAUUUUUAAUUAGAUUAAAUAUUUAAUCGUUUGACAGCUCUAACAUUAUAUAUAUAUAUAUAUAUAUAUAUAUAUACGCUGAAGACCAUAGAGCAGAAAUGGAUUUUAUUGUCCAAAAGGAAGCUUUACACAUGCCUCUGUCCCUUGUUACAAAAAAAAAAAAAACACCUAAAGCAUGUCAGGAUCAUAGAAAAGAAAAACCUCAUUAAUUACCCAUGGCACCCAGUUAACAUGCAAAGAUGCAUAUUAACUGGGAGGGCUGACAGUGAAUUUAGUGUAGCAACAUUUUAACAAAUGAAGGGAAAAAGAAGCUUCAAAUUCGGUUCAUGAACCAUUUGUUGUAUUUUUAUUUUUUUGGACUCCUCGAGAUGGAACUGUUUUGGAUGAAGGGCUUUGAGAAACAGCAAGUCAGCGUGCUCUCAGUCCAACGUUGAACAAAGAGUGUCACAUAGUGGAGUCAAAAAAAAUACAACAACCGGUCCAUGAAACAAAUUUGAAGCUGAAUUUUCUCCUCACUAAUCUCGACCAAUCAAAAAUAAAUACUCAAGCAAAGUACAGCUACCUGAAAAAUUGAGUUAAGUUGCCUGCUGUUGAAAUAUUUGUGACUUGCCACCACUAGCCAUGUGCGUAGUUUGGCAGCACAGUGGAAUUCAAUGUGUUUACUUUAAAUUCUCAACCUUAAAUCACUUGGGUUCAUCUGUCAGGAGGUAAAGGGACAUGCCAGUAGUGAAGGGUUUGGGAAACUCUCUGUUGCUUGAACAAAGCGAGAGCAACUUCUAAAAAUAGGCCCAACUUUUUCUUGCACGCGUUCAGGCGCCGCCUCUGCAAUGAGCGUCGAAGCAUUAAGAAGGGGCUAAUCCAUAAAGACAAGAAGCGCGUGGUCUUGUGCCUCUUGCAGCGUUCCUCACUGAGGGUGCUUUGACUAUUUAGAAUUGUAUUAUCUCUCUGCAUCCGUGUGUGUUUGUGUCACUUCAUCGACCGGCUGAAAGUUUCUUGAUAAUUCCAGCGCACUGAGAUGCUUUUGUCCUUCUGGAUCUGAUUAAUGGGAUUAGAAAGCGUGAAUACAGGUGGACACUGAUCUGCAGACGUCAGGAGGCUGGAUGGAUAACAUGUCUCCACAACAUCAACUGGACAGACUGAGCCAGAGUGCUGGACAAAGCGACAACGGACGGCGGGUGACGUCCCAAAGUCUUCGCUGUCAGUCCGCGCCCUCUCUCGUCUUCAGAAAAGCUCUCGCCAGGUCCAAGACACUUUCCAGAGAGAGCCUCCCGGUUCCCGUGCUCCCGGAGACGUGCUCAUUGGUGCGGUCCUUCCUGAGAGCGCCCGGCAGGUUGUUUCUCCUCGAUGGGCGCGCUCAGUUGAAAACCGGCAUGCAAACUCAGGACAGACACCUCUUCCUCUUCACGGACAUCCUGGUGAUCGCCAAAGCCAAGUCGGCCAACCAAUUCAAGCAGAAGGCCCAGGCCCGUUUAUGUGAAACGUGGACAGCAAGUUGCAUGGACGAGGUGUGCGAGGGAAGCGCCUGCCCCGAGAAGAGCUUUGUCGUCGGCUGGCCCACCUGUAACUCCGUUGCGACGUUCAGCUCCGUGGAACAAAAAGAAAGCUGGCUCUCUCACCUGAAGAAUCGCAUUAAAGAGGAAAAAGAGAAGGAAGAACCGAAAACCAUCCCUCUCAGAGUGUACGGCAAGGGACUCAACACUUGCGCCGUUACCAAGACUUUGCCCGUCAGCAACUCGGAUUCCACCACUGAGGUGAUCCGACUGGCUCUGCAGCAGUUUAGCAUCAUUGGUAACGUGAAGGACUACCAGCUGUGGGUCCUCUCCAAGAGGGACAAUACGCCCUAUCCACUCAUUGGUCACGAGUUCCCCUUCAGUAUCCACAUGAGUCACGCGCGACAAACGUUGGCCCGUGGCGCCGCGACGCCGGAGGACCGUGACUGGGCCAUACAGACGGAGCAGCUUCAGGUGCACAAACGCUGCCAGUUCAUUCUGAAAGCCCGCCCUCAGGAAACGCUUCAACCGUAUGUGGCCACGGAGUUCCCUCUGAAGCCAUUGAAAAGGAGGCGCUCCCUCAUCACUUGGGCUUUUCUGCGAGGUUCCUCCCCUCAGUUGGCGUCAUCCACAGGCACCGCUUCUCAGGGCUGCUUGUUCGGGCGCCCCCUCAGUGCCGUGUGUGUCGAAAAUGCUCUGCCGAAAGCCGUGAUGGACAUGCUGGCGCUCUUGUAUCACGAGGGCCCGUGGACGCGGGGCAUCUUUCGGCGGCCGGCGGGCGCUCGGGCCGUCAGGGAGCUGCGAGAUUCACUGGAUGCCGGCGAGUUCCUUCCUCCGCUCACACGGGACCACAUCUUCAUCGUCGCCGGCGUCUUCAAAGACUUCCUGCGCAACAUCCCCGGCAGCCUCUUGUGUUGUGAGCUGCAUGAAGAAUGGGUGGACCCGCUGACCGACGAAAAGGGGGAGGAGGAACGGGUACAAGAGAUACAACGGAUGAUGAAUCGGCUGCCGAAAGACAACGCCCUGUUGCUCCGCUACGUGCUGGCCGUGCUGCACGCUAUCCGAAGCAACGCCCGCGAGAACCAGAUGACCGGCUUCAACCUGGCGGUGUGCAUCGCUCCCAGCAUGCUUUGGCCUCCGGGGGCACUGUGCAGCCCCGAGGCAGAGAACGAAGGAACCAGGAAGGUUUGUGACUUGGUGAAAUUCAUGAUAGAACACUGCCAGCAAAUUAUGGAAGAGGAGCCCUCCUUUCUGUUUGGAGGUUCACCGCGGAGACGCAACACACAGGAGACGGGACCCGAUGACAAGUGGACGUACCCUUUGACAGACUCAUCCUAUGACAGUCUAGAGAAUGAAUUGGAUACCAGUAGCGGUGGCUCCCCAAGCCUUUGCGGCAGACGUCUCCGAUCCAAACCAGGCAGUCUGGACUCGGUCCUCACCUUUAGCGAUUACGAGCAGGACAAUGAGCCAGAUGUUCAGCACGCUAACUGGCAGGUGUUGAGGGGAAGCAGGCAGAUCCAAGAUGCCCCCACUGUGGACCCCUCCUCUCUGCACAGCUUACACAGAGAGCGACGGUGCUCCGAGCCGGCAUUGAUGCACGUGGCAAAGAUACAGCUGCGCUUCUACGAGAACACCGACGGUCUCACCGGCGAGGAGGAGGAAGAGGAUGAUGAGGACGACAAAGGCGAGCGCGCUUCAAAGUUGAGCCUUCAGCAGAGGUACAGAAGGUCCCUGGCGGUCAUGGAAACCAGCUCCUCCAGCCUGUCCUCGAACCCCUCCUCCCCCGCACCAACACAGACCAAAGCAUGCACUCCUUCCACAUCCAUCGCCACCAGCUACGCUCUGGCUUUCGACAGAAAUGAGCCGCCAGGGACAAGUCGCAAAGCAUGUCCAGCCAGAGAGCAUCUUCAAUGGGGUAAUUUGAAAAGCUGCAGGAGCCUCCACCCCAACUCUUGGCUGAGGAAAGGCCGCAGACUAUCCUUGACUCAACAGGAGAGCUUGGAGAAAAACUCUUCCUCCAGCGCACAUACAAAUACACUCACCAGUGAUGAAUAUUAGCAACAGCAUCUUUGGCAGGUAAAAGCUUUCGGAGCUUGAGCACCUCCGUCGACCGAUUCUAUAGUAUCGUUUUAGUUAACAUACGGCUAGCUAUUUUAGGAAAGGAAAAAAAAGUGCUGGUAGUAAUGGCCAUUGAGAUGUCAUGAAAAGUUAAUUGUUUGAAUAUACUGUAAGUAGUAUAUGUCGACAGAAAAAAAUGAGGUCUUCCAUAAAGUAAGAGCAAGGAUGCGUCACCUAGUGGACAUUCCACCAUAAAGAACUUUCACACUUUUGUCA